AUGGUCAAGGCAAAGAAGACGAAAAAGCCGUCAUCGGCUCUCAAUACACAAUCUCUUCCAUUUAACACUGAGAAAGGCCAGCAUAUUUUGAAGAAUCCUGGUAUAGUUAAUUCAAUCAUUGAGAAGUCCGCUCUCAAGUCGACGGAUACUGUACUAGAAGUUGGUCCUGGUACAGGUAAUUUAACAGUGAAAAUGCUGGAAGUGGCAAAGAAGGUUAUUGCCUGUGAGAUUGACCCAAGAAUGGUAGCCGAGUUGAAGAAACGAGUCAUGGCCACGGCCUCUUCAAAUAAAUUAGAGGUCCGUCACGGCGAUGUCAUGAAAGCUGAGUGGCCGUACUUCGAUGUAUCUCAUCACCCUGUAUUUAAACUGCUGUUGCAACGACCACUUCCAAGGUAUGCGGUGUUGAUGUUUCAAAAAGAAUUCGCUGAUCGAUUAAUAGCGAAACCAGGCGAUAAAGAUUACUGUCGAUUGUCUGUAAAUGUACAACUUCUAGCAAAGGUUGAACAUCUCAUGAAAAUCAAAAGAACCGAAUUCCGCCCUCCUCCAAAGGUCGACUCGGCGGUGGUGCGUAUCGCACCGAAGAAUCCACCUCCUCCUAUAAAUUUUGAUGUGAGUUUUGCUGAAAUCCUUUUCCCGUUUUACGUUGAAUGCUUUGUCGGAGGUUCUCGUUUUCAGGAGUGGGAAGGCAUGCUUCGAUUGUGUUUUCUCAGGAAGAACAAGAAGUUGCUCGCAAUAUUCAAGCUGAACAAUGUAACAGAAUUGAUAGAGAAGAAUCACCAGAAGCUGUGUAGUUUACUCAACAAGGCGAUACCGAAAGAUUUCAACGUCAAGAAACUCAUUGAGGACACUCUAGUGGAAGCUGGAUUCGCUGAGAAACGUGCACGUUCAAUGUCAAUUGAAGAGUUUCUUGCUCUCCUACUUGCCUUCAAUAAGGCGGGAAUUCAUUUCCAUUCGUGA